AGGCACUACCUUUCACAGGCUGCUGUUAAAUCAGCACUUCAUAAAUCGUGCAGGCUCCUGCCCAUUUAGAUGAUCUCUCUAUGCAGAAUCGACAGUCUAACACUGGCUCUCCCAAGCAUUAAAAAAUGAUCACUCUGCUAGCCCAACUCACUGUUCAGACGGGUCUUCCUGAAUGCAGCCUUUAUUACAACCUCACUGCUGCUUCCUACACUGAAGGAAUACCAUGUUUUUAAGUCAGGAGUUCUUUCUCGCUUAUUAUAAUCAGGGGGUCUUACAACGACCCCGAUACUGUUACAAAGCACAGUGCUUUAUAACAGUAAAGCUUCUGGAAAACCCAAACAAAAGACACGUCACCCGGUGACGUCAGCCUAUAUACAGUUCUGUGUGGUCGCAGCACAUAAGCAAAUCCAUUCUUGUGCCGUUUCUCGGAAAAGCUUUUCAGUAAAUGCACUCAUGCUGCUCCAGGAGCUCUUCUCUGCAACAAGCCGCCCAUCUGCCAUCAACAAGUUAAGACCGAGAGAACUAACGGCUGCAGAAAGGAGAGACUGAAGCUUUGAUUAACCAGCUGAGCAGUUAGAGGAAGACAAAAUUAAUAACUUACAUUCAAAACUGAUUUAGGUGAUCAGCGUGGUCACAGAAAAUGAAACCAUUGCUUUCGAGAGGAAUAUCCUAAGAAAAAAACAACUCACCCUGGUGGAUUCAAUUUUACUAAGAAAGCCUGGGACACAGAAAACAGGAAACUGCUCAAAGGCUCCUGCAUAUUAGAGCCUUUUACAGACUCACUGCGUUGAGUCUAACAACCGCGACUGAAUGCAGCCUCCAAUGUGCUCAGAAGAAUGGGCUUACAUUUCAAGUGGCCAUUAGGGGCCCCUAUGCUGGCAGCAAUAUAUGCAAUGAGUAUGGUUUUAAAAAUGCUGCCUGCCCUGGGUAUGGCGUGUCCACACAAAUGCCGCUGUGAGAAGCUGCUCUUCUACUGCGACUCUCAGGGCUUCCACUCAGUGCCAAACACCACAGACAAGGGCUCUCUGGGCCUGUCCCUGAGGCACAACCACAUCACAGAGCUCGAAAGAGAUCAAUUUGCCAGCUUCAGUCAACUUACCUGGCUCCACUUAGACCACAAUCAAAUCUCAACAGUAAAAGAAGAUGCUUUUCAAGGACUAUAUAAACUUAAGGAAUUAAUCUUAAGUUCCAACAAAAUAUUUUAUUUGCCAAACACAACUUUUACCCAACUGAUUAACCUGCAAAAUUUGGACCUGUCUUUUAAUCAGCUGUCAUCUCUGCACCCAGAGCUCUUCUAUGGCCUCCGGAAGCUGCAGACCUUGCAUUUACGGUCCAACUCCCUGCGGACUAUCCCAGUACGCCUGUUCUGGGACUGUCGUAGUCUGGAGUUUCUGGAUUUGAGCACAAACCGUUUGCGAAGUUUGGCUCGCAAUGGAUUUGCGGGAUUAAUCAAACUGAGAGAGCUUCACCUAGAGCACAACCAGCUGACAAAGAUUAAUUUUGCUCAUUUCCUACGGCUAAGCAGUCUGCACACGCUCUUCUUACAAUGGAACAAAAUUAGCAACUUGACAUGUGGGAUGGAGUGGACCUGGGGCACUUUAGAAAAGCUAGACCUGACUGGAAAUGAAAUAAAAGCCAUCGACCUGACAGUGUUUGAAACAAUGCCUAAUCUUAAAAUACUCCUCAUGGAUAACAACAAGUUAAACAGCCUUGAUUCCAAGAUCUUAAACUCCCUGAGAUCCCUCACAACCGUCGGCCUCUCUGGCAAUCUGUGGGAAUGCAGCCCUCGAAUAUGUGCUUUGGCCUCCUGGCUGGGCAGUUUCCAAGGUCGGUGGGAGCAUUCCAUCCUAUGCCACAGCCCUGACCACACCCAAGGAGAGGAUAUACUAGAUGCAGUCCAUGGAUUUCAGCUGUGCUGGAAUUUAUCAACCACCGUCACUGCCAUGGCUACAACUUAUAAAGAUCCAACCACUGAAUAUACAAAAAGAAUAAGCUCAUCAAGUUAUCAUGUGGGAGACAAAGAAAUCCCAACUACUGCAGGCAUAGCAGUUACUACUGAGGAACACUUUCCCGAACCAGACAAUGCCAUCUUCACUCAGCGGGUAAUUACAGGAACAAUGGCUUUAUUGUUUUCUUUCUUUUUUAUUAUUUUUAUAGUGUUCAUCUCCAGGAAGUGCUGCCCUCCCACUUUAAGAAGAAUUAGGCAGUGCUCAAUGAUUCAAAACCACAGGCAGCUCCGAUCCCAAACACGACUCCAUAUGUCAAACAUGUCAGACCAAGGACCGUAUAAUGAAUAUGAACCCACCCAUGAAGGACCCUUCAUCAUCAUUAAUGGUUAUGGACAGUGCAAGUGUCAGCAGCUGCCAUACAAAGAAUGUGAAGUAUAAUGUCUACCCAUCGUCAAAAAUUACAUCAGAUAAGUAACCUAUUUUACAUAGUAGGGGCUAAAUACAUAUCUAAUUUUUACCAAUGGUGACAUUAAGCCUAAUUUUUCCAAACCAAGUGGAGACUUAAGUUUUUGAAGUGUUGAAGUAUUUUUAAUUUUUUUUAAUGAAACCAUAUUUUAAGUGUUAAAUGAAGCAAUGCUCACAUUAAUUUGCACUCGUGUUGGAAAUUCUAAAAAUGCUUACUUCAAAAUAAGACAUUUCAUACAUGUAAUUAUAUACUAUCAUGUGUAAACAUUUACACUAAGAUCUCCAUAUGCUAAUUUUUUCUACUGAAAACAGUUUGGAAAAAGCAGAAAGAGAUAUGGAUCAAUACUUGUUUGAUUACUGCUCUCCACCCUAAGUACCACAAAUGGCUUGCUGCUUAAAGGAGACUUAGCAAAGUUCUCUUGUAUCAUAAUUUGGUAUUUACUCAAACCUAAAAUUUACAGCCAGUGUGGGAAGUAGAAUUUCAUGUAUGCAGAAGACUGGUCAAUAUUAAACACUCUUCUUCCAGAGUUUUUGCCUGUGUUAGUACAUAUUAUCAAAGUCCACAUCAUGAAAUCAGAACUAUUUAUGUAAUUUUAAUAAGCUGAGUGACACAUUUAAACAAUGAAUCCAAGUGAUUGUGAAAAGGUCUCAUUACAAUGAAAUCAAUACUAAGUAAUUCCACUGACUGUAUCAUACAUCUCUAGUUUCACUUAUAAUGGACAUGUUGAUUUUUCGUGGCAUUUAGAUAAUUAUUUUAAACUAGUACUAAAUUACCAUUUUACUAAUUAGUUUACUAAAUUCUACACUUACAUUUAUAGGUGAAAAAAGAUAGAAAUUAUUUGGGGAGAAGAGAUAAACUGAGUCAAUUUAAUAAUCCUAUGACCUGCUGCUCCCUUGAGUUUGAAAGCACACAGAAAUAUACUCUCUUCCUCCCUCCCUCAACUGUCAUGAUCAAAGAUGCUCUGCAAAGGGGUUUAAACCUCUUUCGUCUGCCUUUUCCUGAUUUUCAAGCCUCAGAGUGUCAAAUUUAAAAUAACUGGCUAGCAACAGAUGCAACACUGAUUCCUGUCAGAACAUGUUUUAAAGGAACCAUGAAAAAUGGUUAUAUGCUAAAUUUUGACCUCUUAAUAAACACCUAUUUGCACUGUAAAAGCAUGUUUCCAAGUGAAGGGGACAACACAUACCUGAGGCAAACCUUCUUGAGGUGGGACACUCUACGUGCCUAUGCAACCACACAGUGGUAACUUGAAGGUGCCACGGGAGGUGAGGGGAUGAAAGAGAAAGGCAGCAUUUUGAAAUCUGACUCUUGCAGAAACAGGUUAGCAAAGUUAAAAGGUAGCCAAAGGAGGCAAAUGGGUAACUGUACACGAUCUGCAUCAAACAGGGCAAGGCCCUGGGACCUGCAGCUGAAAAGGGGAGAGGAGGUUCUCCCCUAUUAAUAUAAAUGUUCUGUGAUUAACAAAUGAUAAUGAUGCCGCACUUUUCAUGCAGAAAAGAGCCACAAGUAUUUUGUUUCAUCAAUCAUUAUUUCUACAGAGAACCUAUGACAUAUUUAGGAUUUAGAUGCAAGUUACCAAUUCCUACAGAAUUUUUCCAUAAAUAAGGUUCCAUGUAUGUAGUUGCAAAAACCAUGAAAUUAGACUACUGACUUGACUUUAGAAGAAUGGCCAUUUUUACAACUAACAUUAACUGAUGUGAAAAAGGGCAUAAUCCUUAGAGAAAACCAUAAAACCACCAUAAAAAAAAGUUACCUUUUACUUAACAUGCUAUCCUUCAUUCAAAGCAUAUUUCUUCCCAGGCCUGAACUGAAAACAUGUUAAGAUUAUAGUUUAACCCAUGAGGUUUAAUACUAAGAGAGGGAUGUCUACCUACAUUUCAAAGAAAAUGUGUCUCAGUGAAAAGCAGACAAGAUCACAUAUUACUGUAAAAUUGUGCUCUCUACAUUUUUUUUUUUUGUUUAAAGGGAGACAGAUUAGCUUGGCAAAGUCUCAGUCCAUCUCAGCUGAUCUUGAGCAGUGAGCCUUUCAUUUCUUGUUAACCCAGACCCUGGGACUGCCUCGGCAGGGACAGAAGCUGAUUUUCUGGCAGAGAGCACAGCUCACAGCUUCCUUACAGAAGGGCUUGAUCAGAAGCCCCCAUUACAAAUGAGAACUCCACAAGCUAAAAUUUACCAACCCAUUCAUCAGGGUAGCCAUGGCCAUUUGUCAGGGAAGAGCUCUGUCACAAUACAACUGUGUCCUGAGCACACAAGAGUCCCCUAGCCCUGAAGGAUAGCAAAGAAGUAGUUUCCAUCAUUUCAACCACAACCCUAAAUUAACUGAAACUGUGAGAAGGGUGAGAAAUACUGGCUGGGAAUGCCCACAUUAAUCCUAAAGAUUACAGUUAGUAAAAUGGACUAUCAAUUGGCUAAAUUCUUAAUGUACGCAGAAGAGUCAAUUGGAAAGGCAAGCCAUUUAGUAAUUCAGGGAAAUAGCAUACUUAAGCCACCAAGGCAGUUGGGAGGGGAAAAAAAGAAAAAAAAAAAAAAACAGA